AUAAUUUUAAACAAUUAGCAGAAAGAUCCGAUCGAAAUUUACGAAAAUUAUACGAAGAAACUCAACAAUACGAUGAUCAAAGAUCUGAAUUGGAUGAUGAUAAUCUCGAUUUGGAAAGUAUUAAAAAUGAACCACACGAUAAUCACUCGGAAGAUAUUAAAUUUGAACGAAUUAAUGAAAUAUCUAAGUUCAAAUAUGAAAGCGAUGAAGAUACAAAACCCGUUGAAGAAGAAGAAAAUAAAAGAAUUCAUCUUGAAUGCGACGAAUGUGAUUUUACAUGUGAACAUCUUCAUCAUUUAGGAUUACAUAUGAAACGGUAUCAUCAAACUAAAGGCAUGCGCUGCAGUAAAUGUAACACUCUAUUUUAUCAUCCCCAACAAUUAAAACGACACGAAGACAUCCAAUUAUGUUCGAAAUCAAAAUUCUGUACAGAAUGUAACACGAAUUUCAAAACCAACAAUAGUUUAUUAAAACAUUCGAUUCUCGUACACGGUACAGAUAAACCACAUAAAUGUUUCCAAUGUAAUAAAAGUUUUAAAUUGUAUACAUCAUUAAAAUUACAUGAUCGUUCUAUGCACAUGCGCAGUAAUGAUGUACGUACACCAUGUGAUAUAUGUGGUAAACGAAUAUUAAAGCGGGAAAUUAAACGACAUUUAAAAAUCCAUAAAAAUGAUCGAGAAAUGAUUAAAUGCGAGCAAUGUGAUAAGAAAUUCUUACAUCAAUGUUCGUUAAAAAUUCAUAUACAACGAUUUCAUGAGAAUAAACCACGUGAAUACAAGCAUUUAUGUACGAUUUGUGGUAAAAAAUUUGGUACACGCUGUGAUUUAGAUCGUCACGGAUCUGUACAUCGAAAUGAUCGACCGUUUGAAUGUCCACAAUGUGGGAAAGGUUUUAAAUUAAAUCAUAAUCUUAAAUCACAUAUCAAACAGAUUCAUAUGAAUAUGAAAAAGAAUAAUCGGAUACCGUGUAAAGUGUGUGGUAAAAUGAUCUCGAAAACGAACAUGAAACCACAUUUACAAACACAUAAAGCUGUCCGUGACAUAUAUAAUUGUACACAAUGUUCGAAACAAUUUCUACAUCAGUUAUCGUUGGAGCAACAUAUACAAAAGUUUCAUGAGAAAAUCGUUCGAGAAUUUCGACAUUUAUGUAAUAUGUGCGGUAAAGGGUUUAAUACACGGGCCGAAUUAAAAAUUCACAUGUUGUCGCAUAGCGAUGAGAAAACGUUUGCAUGUCAAACGUGUAACAUGAAAUAUAAAACGAUGCAUGGGCUACGAUAUCAUGUGAAAUCGGUUCAUUUAAAUUUGAAACCACAUCCGUGUCCGAUAUGCUCGAGACAUUUUUCCACACGGAGUGUUGUUGAACGUCAUAUGCGUACGCAUACUGGUGAGCGACCGUUUGUUUGUGCUUUAUGUGAAAAAUCGUUUAAUCAAAAAAGUACGCUAACGACACAUAUGAGACUUGUACAUUCUACGUGAAAUCAAAAACGAAGCAUUUUCUGCCAUUGUCUUAACUCUCAACGGGUAUUCAAUUACGAGAACUUUUUUCAAAGACAUUUGGAUGAGAAAAUCUAUUACCAGAGUUUUUUUCACGAGAAUUAAGGAAUGCGAGAAGCCUAUCUUGAUUACUAGAACUAUUUGCGCAGAACUUUUUAGGCCAUUCGACUGUGCUAGCCUGAAAUAAACUAGACCGCAGUUUAGAAUGGUGGUGAAACUCCUGAUACGGCACUGUUGCGUCGAUUGAAGUACCACCUCUGAUGAUCUCUAAUGACCCCAUUUGUAGGGCCUGUAUGGAGAACGAUGAAACCUCCAUACUUGUUACAUACUCCGGCAAAACAAGCGGGGCUUCAAGUUAUGAAUGUUUGCGAUCAAGACCUUGGAUCCAUCAAUCCUGGAAAAAAAUCCGUGCGGAGUAGGUGUGGGCUUUCUGCAUACGUCUGGCCUCGAUAGAAUCCUAUAGCUUCAUCUCUUACUCAGAGACGUCUCACUUUCGAGGUUAUUCUCCAAGAAGGCACAGAAGUUCCUUGGACUAGGUGCUAAGGACCCAUUUGCACUGCCUAUUAAUAUGAGGGAGGUCUGAUGGAUUUAUCAAUGAUGCGAAUAGUCCAAGAUAAAGGGUGAGAAGAUAGGAGGGGCUGAUGGAUUUACCAAUAAGGUGAAUAGAGAAGAAGACAAAGUAUGGCAGUGGAAAAAACCUAUACAGAUCAAAGAGUUGAAGAAGAUCCUCAAAAACCUAACGACGUACGCCUAAAUAAUGACAAAGUGAAACAAACUAAGUAAAUUUUAAAAGAAUUAAAGACUGUUGUCUCGAAAAUAAUUGAAAGACAUCGAAUAAUUGUGAUCCUAAGCCUCGAAGAAGUAGAUGCGAGAAUUUGUGUAUAAUAGAGAAUCGUUGGUAUUUUAGAAUGCACUUAGGGCACCAUCUAAACUUAAUCUACUACGGCCUGUAACCAUGGAAAAAUAUUUUAUUUUAUUAAUUCCUGUGAAGUAAUGUCAGUAAUUACAAAUCAAUUUAGUUGAAUUAACCGUAUUACAAGGAUCUAGUCGUCUGAAACCAGAGAAUAUAUGGUUUCAGUCUGAAAGCAUGCGAGAAGAUAACUGGAAUUCAUAAAUGUGUGCCAAGCUGCCAACAUGUGCAAUAAAGAUGGGAUAGUUUUUCUCUCUAAAGGGAAAACAACUAAAAAUUAAUUUGCUUUUUAUACACAAAAUUUACUUUUAAAAUAAAAUAUUCCUUUUUAUAUCGAUUUAUGAUGUAAUAAAGUUCAAGGCCAAAAUAGAAACAUUUUAAGUAAAUAAAA